AAAAUAAAUGCUAAGCUUCAUGAUGGAGUGUGUCAACAUUGCAAAGGUAUCUUGGAGUGGCGGGUGAAAUUCAGCAAGUACAAACUAUUAUCAAAACCUAAAAAAUGUGUGAAGUGCCUCCAGAAGACAGUAAAAGAUCCUUACCAUAUUAUUUGUCGACCAUGUGCUGGUAAACUAGAAGUUUGUGCUAAAUGUGGAAAAGAAGAAGAAAUAGUAAUUCCGAUUGAUAAAGGACAAGACAGAACUGAGAGUGUGACUGCUAAAAAUGGCCAAGAGAGCAGUGGAUUGGAGGAGGAGCUGGAUUUUAAUGCAAACUUUGGAGUUACAGACAGUGAUGAAGAUUCUGAUGUGCUUGAAGAACGAUUUAGAAGUAUGAAUUUUGAAAGGACAGACAUCUAA